AUGCUUUCCGGCUGGGCCGUAUCUGCGUCGGCCGCGCAGCCGACCAUCGACCUCGACGAGAAUUUUCUCGUGGUGCUGAUCGUCUACUUCGGACCGCUUCCGCCGUGGCUGCCGCUCACUCUCGCGUCGAUGGCGGCGAACCCGACCGUCUCCUUUUCGGUCGUCGGCGACGCGCCGCCGCCAUAUACCGGCCUGCCGCCGAACGUGCGCUUCGAGACGGUCGGCUGGGUCGAGAUGCAGGCGAGGCUCGGCGCGCUCAGCGGGCGGCGGGUGUCGUACACGCGGCAGUACAAGGCGAACGACAUCAAGCCGCUCCUCCCAGAGCUGUACCCGCACCUGCUCGCUGGGCGCUCCUGGUGGGCGUGGAGCGACCUCGACGUGGUGUACGGCGAUCUGCGCGCUCACAUGGCACUGGCGCUGCGCGCGCCCGCGUGCUGCGCCGGGCGCGAGCUCCAGUGCUCCAAGCGGCUGCGGCGCGACCGCCGCUCGCCGUGCUUCAACUCGUCGCGUGCUCCGCCCGGCCGGUCGGCAGACACGUGGCGCGACGCGCGUGCGUGCCCGUGCACGGCAGGCGAGCGCGUGACGGCGGUGAGCCCGCUCUACCCCAACCCUUGGCGCAAAAAGUGCUGGGGCCCGUUCACGGCCUUCCGCGUGGAGGGCGGCGCCUCCGCCGCCGGCGCGCGACCGCCCGCCACCACCACCUCUCUCUUCCGGCGGGCGCCCAAGUGGCGGCAAAUCGUCGGCACAGCCGAGUACGCACACUUUGAUGAGUGGUGGGGGCCGCUCUCGGCGCGCGGCUUCGAGACGAUGGGCGACGUGAUGACUCGCCUCUCCGACGCGGGCGAACUCGUCAUGUCGCGCGCGCUCCUCCCGUUCGCCGAGGCGAAGAGCUGCGCCGACGUCGAGUGCACCUUCUGCCCGUGCGGCGCGCUGCGCUUCGAGCUGCGCGGCGGCAAGCUGCUCGUCAACGAGCGCGAGGCGAUGCUGCUCCACCUCUGCUCUCCAGCGAUGCUGCUCCACCUCUCCGAGUCGAAGCCCGCGUGGCGCGAGCACGCGCGCCGCCACCCGCUGCCGCCGUGGCGCGCCGGCGCGCAGCCCGAGUGCGUGCGCGUGAGCGGCCUCGGAGCGUUCGCGCCCGACGACGCGCUCGGCGCCGUCGGCGCGCUGCUACGCCGGCGCACGGCGCUGCGCCGCCACCGGCCGCUCUCGGAGAAGGCGGCGCCGCACCUUCUCUACGGCGAUGCCGCGCUCGCGCUGCCCGGCGCCGAGCGCCUCAACGUUUCCGUCGGCGAGUGCGCAGAGAGCGCCUUUGACGACAGCGGCGACGUGAGCGGCGGCGGCGGCGGCGGCGGCGGCGGCGGCGGCGGCGGCGGCGGCGCGCCGCCCGCCGCGGGUGCGAUGGCACUCGCGCGCGCUCGGCGCGACUUUGAAGCGCUCGCCGCGCGGUACGCGGCGGCGGUGGCGGCCGAGCUCGCGCACUCGCUUCGGUGGAUCUGCGCGUGGGCGCGGCUCGCGGCUGUCUACCGCUCCCUCGUCUCGCGCGUCGAGCCGGGCCACCCCGCCGCGGCCAAGCUGCCAGGGCUCAACGGCAACCGGCGCGUGCGCACGCCGCUGUGGGCGGGAGAGCGCCUCGGCUGGUGGCGGCAGAGCCCAACGUGGGCGGUGCACGACUGGGGCGGGAGGGCCGACGACCGGCCUAGCGACCGGCCGCCCGACGCCGGCGGCGAGCACCGCGCGUGCCUUUGCUCGGCGCCGCCGGCGCCAGCGGGCUCGUGUUUGGCGGAGGGCGGAGCGCACUCGUGCGCGCGGCCGCUCGACGCACGGGGCGCGCCGAUUGGGCAGCCGUGCCUCGGCAAGCGCGUCGACGGCCGGCCGAGCUGUGGCGAGCGGUGCGGCGCGGCGGAGCUGCUCGACGAGCUGCUCGACGGCUAUUUCGCGCUGCUCAACCGGCAGGCGGUGCUCGCCAUCCGCUCGCAGCGGUGGCGCUGCUCGUGGCUGUACAAGCUGCGCGCAUGCUGGACAGCGGAGGGGCUCGCCACCCACGCCGACCCCGAGCGGCCGCUGCCGCCGUCGAGCGGCGCGGCGUGCGCGAGCGUGCUCCCCCCACAGGACGAGGGGCGGCUCGGGUGGGGCAGCGCGAACCCCGCCAACCUGACGAGGGGAGAGUUGGACUCCCUCCUCUACCGGUGGCGUUGCUGGUGA